CCCCAGUACAUUUAUUCAAAGUUUAUUUUUAAAAAAAUAAUUUUAGUCAUUGGUGCCGGUGUAGUUAAAAAAGUGAACAAGCCAAUGAAGGAUAAGAAUUCUUGGAAAAAGUGGGGGAAAAUUUUGCAUCCUGGUGUCAGGAGAAACGAUUCUGGAAUUCGAACAUCAGCAUUUGAAGUUUAGACGCCUCUGGUUUAAAACAUUUUAUUUUUUCUCUAAAAAUUAAAGUUUAAAAAAUUUUAUUACGCUUCCACGCAUUCAUUUAAUUUACUUUUUGUUAUCUUAAUUACAUUUUAUUAAAUUGUGAUAAAAUGGUAUUAGUAAAUGUAAUUAAGGAUUUUUCCCAACAAAAAUUUUUUAAAUUUAUAUUAUUGAUAAUUGUUUUAUGCCUGUCUACACUUACGCGUAAAUAUGUACAUAUGUAUGCAGCUACGUCAAAUAUACUACUUGUUUUUAUUAUCGGUACAAUUUGUUUAUUGAAGUUAAGAAAAGAACGCAGGUCUAUCGGUCGAAGAGAUGUGAUCGUCCUUACAGGAUGUGACUCUGGUCUGGGUUACAGCUUUGCUCUUCAUUGUAAAAAAAAUUUAGGCGCAUAUGUCGUCGCUGGAGUUCAUAAUAUUGACAGCCCAGGAGCCAAAGAACUCGCCAAGGCCGGCAUCCACGUGUACUCUCUUGAAUUAACUAGCAGUGAAAGCGUCCGAUCGUUUGUUGAUCACAUUCGUAGUCACCUGAAAAAUAAAAAACUCGCUCUCAGAUGUUUUGUUAAUAAUGCUGGAGUCAUGGUAUUUGGAGAAUUUGAAUGGCAAACAGAAGAGCAAGUGCGGUAUCAAGUUGAAGUUAAUCUAUUGGGAACAAUGAGGAUGACUAAAGAAAUAUUGCCGCUUUUAAGAGAAUACUCAAGUAGACUUAUAAAUGUAACAAGCCACUGUGCUUUUGAACCACUACCAGGUGUUGCUGCCUACAGCUCUACCAAGAGUGCUUUAGCUGGCUGGACAACGGCGUUACGUGUCGAAUUAAAAAAAUAUGGAGUUCAUGUUAUCAAUUUUAUUCCUGGUUCAUUUGUGCUCCAAAGUAACAUUUUAUCCCAACAACGCAAACACUUUGACGCGAUGGAAGCAGCAAUGACAGAGGAAGCAAAAUCGUUUUACUCGAGUUAUUUUACCAGUUACGCCAAAUAUUUAUGCGGUCUGCCAUGCAAAGCAGAAGAUGCUACUCAGAUGCUGGAAAAUAAUAAAUUGUAUAAGGUGUUUCAGGGCGCUUUGCUAGAUCUGGAUCCUCAUGCAGUUUACAAGUGCGAGCCCUUGAGGUACACGGUGUAUCACUUUCUUUUCAAGAUAACACCGACGAAGGUACGAGAUUGGUUGGUCGAAUGGUUUGUCCGAAUGCCUCGUUGGAAAAAAAAUUUUUCCAACUAACGAGGAAGGGGCUAAAUAAUUUUCAUGUGAGAAAGUUUUUCGAAAGUUUAAAAAAAAUAAUUGUGGAUUUUGAUAAUUCAAUUUAAUGACUAAAAACUGUUAUUAGAAUAAUGAAAAAAUAAAGGGUUAUUUUGUAAUUUAAAUUUGAAUAUUCGCAACAUUGGAUUGCGAUGCCGCGAGUUUAAAAAUUUGUAAGUUUAUUGAAAGGGUAAAUCGAUGAUUAUGGGCGUAACGUAGAUGUCUCUACUAUAUAUGUCUUCUUUUAGAAAUUUAUAUUUUUGAAUCAAUAUUCUUUUUAUAUAUGUAUUAUAUAUAAUAAUAAUGAUAUUAUUAUCAUAAAAUAUUAAUGAACAAAUACCCGAGUAAAAAAAAUUUAUGUAAUUCUAUAGAAAAAAUUCCCCGAUAUAUUUCUGUAUACUUAAAAAUAAAAUACACAUACAAAAAAACCAAAAU